AUGAAGAAACGUUCAACGUUGAUAAGUGGACGCCGUUUUUUGCUUUUGAUUGUGGCUCUUAGUCUAAUUUUUCUUGCUGCGGUGUACUACAUAACAGACAUAAGGCAAACAGAAAUCCCGGUCUACUCAUGUUAUCUGGACUACGAUUCGAGAGGUUCUAAGGAAGAGCCGCAACAACUUGAAGAUGUGCUCUUCGCAGACAUAAAGCCAACUCCUGGAAAUUCUAUAUUCUUCCUGGAAACCAAAUGCAAUUGUUCUAAUCAUAGGUAUAGUAUACUCAACUUUACGGCUCAUCAGGCCUGUGCCGUCGAGGCUGCGGCAUUACAUCAUUCCAGUUAUGAUGUCUUUGUGCUAUUCGCCUGCCCCACGAUUCGUCAGCAAAAUGAUCCCAUACUCGAUGCUAUGCUCAGUUAUGAGAAUGUCCAGAUUCGUUCUGUUAAUCUCUGGCGAUUUGCCGAAGGUUCCCCUAUUGAGGAUUGGCUAAAGAAGGAUGAUCUAUUUCGUACUGAAUUUUUGAUGAUCAACAUUUCCGAUCUGCUGCGAUUGCUGACUCUGUAUCGCUAUGGUGGUAUUUACUUGGACGAGGAUGUGAUCAUGUUUCGCAGUUUUGAGGACGAGGUCCCCAAUUUCAUGGGUGCUGAGACAAAUACAAGCAUUGGAAAUAGUGUGCUUGGCCUGGAGCCUGAUGGAUUUGGCCAUAUGGUGGCAGAGCUUCUUUUAAAUGAUUUUCAGCGCAACUAUUUGGGCAAUGUCUGGGCUCACAAUGGUCCCAAGUUGUUGGUGCGAAUGAUGACUCGAAUAUGUGGUACGAAUGACGUUAAUGUUAUGCAAGAGGACAUCAAUAUUUGCCACGGCAUUAAGGUAUUCGAUAUCAAUGCUUUCUAUGAGAUAAAUUGGACGGAAAGGUCUCGUUUCUUUCAUAAACAAUUUGCGAAUGAAACGCUGAAGCGUCUGAAAGAUUCAUAUGCGAUGCACACCUGGAACCAUAUUAAGACUAAUUGGCCUUUUAGAGUUGGGUCUAGUUCGGCUUACAUGCAGUUGGUGGCACAACAUUGUCCGCGGGUUUUUGCUGCCACUGGAAAAUACUUCACAUAGUUUAUUAAAAUAUGUGUUAAAUAAUAAUUAUUUAAAUCAUUGAUAUCUGCCAAGUUCUUAAGGAUAUAAAA